UUUCCACUAUAAAUUUUUAUUUACAAAGUCGAUAACUUCGUAAUCUUUCAAAGAGUUAAUUCAAGUUAAUGUUUCCCUUGCUUGACUUCCAUGCUCUUUUAUUCAUUGCUUUGCUCUGUUAUAAUUACAUAAAUCAUGAUGCUUGUGAAAAUCCAGUCAUAUAAGGUAUUCAUCUUUUAACACGCGCAGUUAUUAUGUUGGCGUCUAGAUGUUAGAAAAAGCCAAAAGGAAUCUUACAAUAAUCCUUAUGCCUGACAGAUGAUACUACGUCAUAGUUGUUCUUCUGAGAAUAUUUGUGUCUAUAAUACUCGAGACUAGGUUGUAUAUUUUGUAUAUUUGUGUCCAUAAGACAAGGUUGUAAGAGGCGAAAGAUGUUUUGCGGGCAAGCGGCGCGACGCUUCUCGACUUCAGCGAGCGCCCGCGCUAGAAGAUGCUUCAAGAAGUUCAACUUGUACGAGAAGCGCGCCACGCCCGAGCUGCAGCAGAACUUGAAGGAGGGCAAAUAUCCUGAGUUCGAGAAACGAUUCAGUCGCGGUGUCCGGGAGCCAUUCCUGCCUGUAGGAGGCCAGGAGUUCGUGCCUAAUGAAAAGCCUGCAAAAGAGAGAUACGAGUUCGAGCCUUUCCCUGCCCACUGGGACGUUUCUCCUAACAUAUCCCGCAAUCAAGUCCUCGUCAGGAAGACCAUGUGGCACCCCAGGGAUGUCGAGCCUUACGAAAAAGAGUUCAUCCCUGAAAUGAUUCCCGACUUGAUCGUGCCAGAUCUUGAAGGAUUCAAGCUGAAGCCAUACGUCUCGUACCGCGUGCCUGAUAUCGAGCAGCCGGAGUUCACGGCACAGGAUUUGUUCCACGCAGUUUACACGGAGAAAAUCGUGCAAGAUUUCAAGGAAGGCAAUCUAAAUGAAGACGGUUCAUCUAAAGAACCUUCGCCUGCUGAGCAGCUCACUCGAGACGAGGCCAAAAUUAAAGUCCAGCAAACCGGCUCAGAUUAUGUUUGGUGACCUAUGUAAGAUAUUGUACAUUGUCA